AUGUCUUUUUCAACUGUCACCUCCCCUCCUCGUAUCCUUCCACCACCACUUACCCGCUUAUACCUUCUUUUAACGGCCCUACGUCUCGGCUCUGUGGUCCGCCGACGACCCCGGUCCCGCCGUCAUCACAGACCCAGAGUUAAAGUCAGACCCAGAAUCAAAGUCAAAGUCUACGUAACGAUCUUUCAACGCCCAACAUGCACCACGUGCUCCCCUGACUCGCCAACAUCCCGCGUGAUGAUGAAGAGAUUGUUGGCUAAGCCUGCUCCAUAUAGCGGAAGUGAGAGUAACGGAAGGAGUGUGGGUGUGGUGAAAAGGGCUGCUACCAUUGCUGGUAAUGGUAAAAUGGGAAGGGCAAGGGGAGUGCAAGGAGGCGUGAGGGCAGGGCUGAAAGAAGGGUUAAUGAGGAGACACGGCGUGCAGCCGCUAUGGUAA